CUAACUUGACAUCUUACAUUGCAAAAAGCAGGACAGCGUUUCUCCAACGCACCGCCCUUCCUCCAUCACAAUCCAUUCUUCUUCUCAUAAUCAUCCAAAUCUAUAUAGUUCACUUUAUACUUAUUUAGCCAAUCCUCCAAAUUCUUUUUCCUCUCAUUCCCAUGGUGGGUUUCGAGUGAUUGUUGAUCCUGGACCAGAGCAUUUUGGAAGGCGAAAGUUUUUUCUUGUUCCUUCAUCGUCUGCGGACAACAGCCAUGUCGUUCAGAAUCAGAGGGCCAAAUGCUUCUUCUGGCAUGGGUGUUGCUGAUCACAGCAGAAACACAUUUCUGGAACUGAAAGGGAAGAGGGUACACCGUUAUGUGAUUUUUAAGAUUGAUGAAAAGAAAAAGGAGAUUGUAGUGGAGAAGACUGGUGGUCCUGCAGAAAGCUAUGACGAUUUCACUGUGGCCUUACCUGAGAAUGAUUGUCGAUAUGCUGUCUACGACUUUGAUUAUGUAACUUCUGAGAAUUGUCAAAAGAGCAAGAUAUUCUUUAUUGCCUGGUCCCCUGCGGUCUCUCGAAUUCGUGCCAAGAUGCUGUAUGCCACAUCCAAAGAAAGGUUCAAACAGGAGCUGGACGGAAUCCAUUGUGAGAUUCAGGCUACUGACCCUACAGAGAUGGACCUUGAAGUGCUGAGAGACCGUGCACGCUGAGUUCUCUUAAUCUUAAAUGUUUCUUUCCUGGAUGAAAUGAGAAACGAGUGAAGAUGGUUUUCAAAACUUACAGGUUAAUGCUUCCAGCUUCUGUAUGUUAUCUGUGGUAUCCAUUUCUGGCACAGGAAACCACUUCUUAAAUAAUUGGCACCUGGCGACGCUGAUUCAAAGCUCUGGUCUAACAUUGUCUGGCGUUUUAAGGUUCUGUAUAUCAUUUCUUGUCUUCAGAUACUAUUCAUACAUUUCAAAAUCCAGAGUGGUAUAAUUAGGUGGUUUCAGACAACUAUUCUUCUCUUCUGCUUGGUUUGAGUUUUUGCUUUUGAUAUUG